AUGGAGAAGAAAAGUAGCGCGUGCCAAUAUUCUGCUUGUCCGGAUGCCGUUGAGCAUCGCCCACCAUACGACGAGUUUUGCCACGAAGUGGAUGGUAAUAUUUUGUCGGUGAAGGUAACCAAAAAUUUCGGCAAGAUACAAAACGAUGCACAACAAGCCGAUUCCUCUGAUUGCGGUGAUGAAAGUGAAUUCAAUUUCGAAAGCGCGAAAGUGAAUGUUAUACCGAACAAGGCAGCCCCAGCCAAGCUACCGGACACGGAGCAAAUCGUAUUGCGCGCGACCAAACAACUUAUUGGAUCCGAUGAGGUACGAAACAGCUUGGAAAUCGAGUUGAGAACGCCUAGGAACUACGAGCCCCUGCAGUAA